UAGGAUCUUGAUUUUUUUAGACUUUUUCCUGCAAAUAAUGCAUGCCUUUUUCGUUUGCAGUUGAUAGGUUAGGGUUCUUGAUAGAAUUCAAAAGGUUUUCAAUGAUACAAUUUCAUUAACGAUCCAGGAGUGAGCACACUGCACAUACAUAGAGCGAGAAUCCGGGAAACGAAAAUGCGAACCCCUUGUUGUCAUUCGUUGCUUGCAUCAAUUCUGAAAUUCUUCAAUUUCCUGCAAGCAUUCACUGGACUCUCGAUUAUCCUUUACUCUAUUUACAUGCUCAAUCAAUGGAACAAUCAUCAUCCUCUCUCUCCUCCGUCAUCUGCUCCUUCACCCAACCACCCCACCUCCCUCCAUCACAUUUCUCCUCUGAAUAUCGCCAUCGAUUUAGCAGACGGAUACGUUAAUGGGCAACUGCUUCGUUCCAUCACUCUUCCGGAUCCCUGGUUCAUAUAUGCGUUUAUGGGCUUGGGGAUUGCUUUGUUCUUUGUCACUGUGAUUGGUCACAUUGCAGCUGAAGUAAUCAAUGGAUGUUGCCUUUGUUUUUAUACAUUUCUAGCCAUUGUACUCUUUCUACUAGAAGCUGCUUUGGUGGGAUUUAUUUUGAUCGAUAAAAAUUGGGAAAAGGAUCUUCCAUUUGACUCCACUGGAGAACUGGAUAGCUUUAGAGUAUUUGUAAUGGAUAAUAUUGAUAUAUGUAAAUGGGUUGCCAUUGCUUUAAUCACUGUGCAGGCAUUGUCUCUACUUAUUUCUAUAUCUCUAAGAGCAAUGGUUUCUACUCCAAAAGCUGAUGAUGAUAUUGAAGAUAGUUAUGAGACUGUUAGAGUUCAAACUACCCACCAUAACCAUGUACCUGGUUUGACCAGUUCGGAGAGUAAAGGAGCUCAUUCUGACAUUUGGAGCUUGAGGAUGAAAGAAAAGUAUGGUUUGAAAGGAGGCGAAGUUAAGUAAAUCUGGGAUUGUAAGAAGAGCAAAAUUUCCUUGGAUGUAUUAUAUCUUUGUUAAAUUGUGGAUGUAUGGUUUUUAUUCUUUUGUACAUUGCUCAUGGCUUAGGAGUCAAAUGCACUUGUACACACCCACCCACCAUACAAACCAAGUUUGUCGGUGAGACUUUUCUCCGAUGAAUUGACAUUAUCCGAUGAAUUAAACUUCAUUUCCAAAAGAAGGAUUUUUUUUCUUUUUAUUGAAUUUGGGAUCAGUAG